UUGGAUGGCUUUUGGCCAAAAGCCGUCAUCUCCAUAAAUAUGGUGAGCUGUAUCAUCAAUACGGAGCUGAUGUCAUUACUGUAAAACUUGAGGUCAUGGAGAUUCUCCGGCCUAAAAAAGCGGAACAAGUAGCCACCAAAGUGUUGAACAAGCUAAUAUCUGACGAAAACAAACAUAGGCCUGUGGUAAUCCAUGGCUUUUCAGUUGGAGGCUAUCUUUAUAGCCACGUUCUCAACUUAAUGGUAAAGCAAGACAGGUUCUCGUCGGUGAAGGAAAGAAUCCGCGGACAAGUGCUCGACAGCCCGGUGGAUUUCCACGGGAUUCCUUACGGUGUUUCCAACGCAGCCUCCGAAAAUCCCUUCGUUCGUUGGUUGAUGAAAUCGUCCAUUGAGGCGUACUUGGCGAUCUUUGCAAGAUACACGACCAAAGUUUACUUGGCGCAUUCACACUUAUUCCACAACAACCCCGUCCGUUCACCGGCCUUGUUUUUCUUCUCUAAGGACGACAAAGUCGCUGAUGUGGACACGUGCCAAGCAUGCGCAGAUUACUGGAAGAAUGAACUGAACAUGACUGUGAGUCAGCAAUGUUUCGAGAGUUCACCGCAUGUUUCUCACUUUUACGUCCACAACAAGGAAUAUACUGAGGCGGUGAAGAAAUUUCUCAGGGAUCUAAAUAUACCAGUUGUGACCCUUUAGAGUUAUGGGACCUGUAGCUUCGUGCUUUUGAUUUCAUAUCCCUUGAACGAUUACGAAAAAAGGGGAUAUGUCACAUGGAGCUCUUUCUACAGUAUGGAUCCGAUUAGGGAGAAAAGGCUUGGCCUAGGUAUUAAACCUCGGUGACAUCUUGUAAUUUGACACGAACGAAAUAAGCGAAUGUACAGCUUAUCUAUAGCCUAACUGAGAUCUAAUGAUUUGUCAGAGGGAUGUAUUCGCCCCAGUCUUGUCACGUUGGUGGACGUUUAUUCUCAAAACUAUUUAGCUGAUGAUGAAAUAAAUACUAUAUGACUGUGCUAAA